AUGAUUGGAAAGGGGAUUGGAACACCUGAAUCCCAUGAUAUGGAGGGGAUUGGAACACCUGAGUCACAUGAUAUGGAGGGGAUUAGAGCACCUGAAUUACAUGAUUGGGAAGGGAUUGGAACACCUGAAUCACAUGAUAUGGAAGGGAUUGGAGCACCUGAAUCACAUGAUUGGGAAGGGAUUGGAACACCUGAAUCACAUGAUAUGGAAGGGAUUGGAGCACCUGAAUCACAUGAUAUGGAGGGGAUUGGAGCACCUGAAUCACAUGAUUGGGAAGGGAUUGGAACACCUGAAUCACAUGAUUGGGAGGGGAUUGGAACACCUGAAUCACAUGAUAUGGAGGGGAUUUGGACACCUGAAUCACAUGAUAUGGAGGGGAUUGGAACACCUGAAUCACAUGAUUGGAAGGGGAUUGGAACACCUGAAUCACAUGAUAUGGAGGGGAUUGGAACACCUGAAUCACAUGAUAUGGAGGGGAUUGGGACACCUGAAUCACAUGAUAUGGAGGAGAUUGGGACACCUGAAUCACAUGAUAUGGAGGGG